UCGUGCUGCUCUGCCUCGCCAAGUGCCUCAAGGCGCUCGGCCUCUUCGAGUCCUACGACCUGCUGAAGGCCGUGCACCUCGUGCAGUUCAUCUUCGUGCUGAAGCUGGGCUCUGCAUUUUUUAUGGUUUUGUUUCAAAAACCAUUUUCUUCUGGAAAAGUGGUAACCAAGCGUCAGUGGAUCAAAAUUUUUAAGCAUGCUGUUGUGGGAUGUAUCAUUUCACUCUUGUGGUUUUUUGGCCUUACUCUUUGUGGACCACUGAGGACGUUGUUGCUGUUUGAGCACAGUGAUGUGGUUGUGCUGUCACUCCUUAGUGUUCUGUUCACAAGCUCAGGUGGAGGACCAGCAAAGACAAGAGGUGCUGCAUUUUUCAUCAUAGCUGUCAUCUGCUUAUUGCUUUUUGAUAACGAUGAUCUCAUGGCUAAAAUAGCAGAACAUCCCGAAGGGCACCAUGACAGUGCUCUUACCCACGUUCUGUAUACAAUCAUUGCUUUCCUGGGUGUUGCAGAUCACAAGGGAGGAGUGCUGCUUCUGGUACUGGCCUUGUGUUGCAAGGUUGGUUUUCACAUGGCUUCCCGAAAGCUCUCCGUGGAUGUAGGUGGAGCCAAGCGUCUCCAAGCGUUGUCUCAUCUCAUGUCCGUCCUCCUGCUGAGCCCGUGGGUCAUCGUUCUCUCGCUGACAACAGAGAGUAAAGUAGAGUCCUGGUCUUCUCUCAUCAUGCCUUUCAUAACAGUCAUCUUUUUUGUUGUCAUCUUGGAUUUCUAUGUGGAGUCUAUAUGCUCUGUCAAGAUGGAAGCUUCCAAGUGUGCUCGUUACGGAUCCUUUCUCAUUUUCAUUAGUGCACUGCUUUUGGGCAACUUUUGGACACAUCCAAUAACAGACCAGCUUCGAGCUAUGAACAAGCCACCACACCAGGAAAGCACAGAGCACGUUCUUUCUGGAGGAGUGGUAGUGAGUGCUGUUUUUUUCAUUUUAUCUGCCAAUAUCCUGUCCUCCCCCUCCAGGAAAGGGCAGAAAGGCACCCUUAUUGGCUAUUCCCCUGAAGGUACUCCUCUCUAUAACUUCAUGGGUGAUGCCCUGCAGCAGAGCUCGCAGUCCUUGCCCCGCUUUAUUAAAGAGUCACUGAAGCAAAUCCUCGAGGAGUACGAUUCAAGACACAUCUUCUACUUUCUGUGCCUAAACCUGGCGUUCACUUUUGUGGAGCUUUUCUAUGGAGUGUGGACCAAUAGCCUUGGUCUUAUUUCCGAUGGAUUUCACAUGCUUUUUGAUUGUUCUGCUUUAGUGAUGGGGCUUUUUGCUGCUCUGAUGACAAGAUGGAAAGCAACUCGCAUAUUUUCCUAUGGGUAUGGGCGUGUAGAAAUUCUCUCUGGAUUUAUUAAUGGGCUCUUUCUUAUGGUAAUUGCUUUCUUUGUCUUCAUGGAAUCAGUGGCCAGGCUUGUAGAUCCUCCAGACAUAGAUACAAAUAUGUUAACACCGGUCUCCGUUGGGGGGCUCAUAGUCAACCUCGUUGGUAUCUGCGCCUUCAGCCACGCGCACUCGCACGGGGCGCCCCGGGGGGGCUGCCACUCGCACGAGCACAGCCACUCGCACCACGGCCACGGCCACAGCGAGCACGGCCACGGCCAUGCCCACGGGGCUUCGGGAGGAGGCAUGAACACCAAUAUGAGAGGUGUGUUUCUGCAUGUGUUAGCAGACACUCUUGGCAGUGUUGGUGUUAUUGUUUCCACGAUAUUUAUUCAGCAAUUUGGAUGGCUGAUAGCUGAUCCACUCUGCUCUCUUUUUAUUGCUACGUUGAUUUUUCUCAGUGUUAUCCCACUGCUGAAAGAUGCCUGUCAAGUGCUUUUGUUGAGAAUACCUCCAGAACAGGAGAAAGAUCUGCAUGCUGCUUUAGAAAAGAUUCAGAAAAUAGAUGGAGUCAUAUCCUACAGAGAUCCUCACUUUUGGUGUCACUCCGCGAGUGUGGUAGCUGGUACAAUACACGUGCAAGUGAUGUCAGAGGUGAUGGAGCAGAGAAUUGUACAGCAGGUUACAGCAAUUCUUAAAGAUGUUGGAGUAAAUAACCUGACUGUUCAAGUGGAGAAGGAAGCCUAUUUCCAACACAUGUCUGGCCUCAGUACAGGAUUCCAGGAUGUCCUUGCAAUGACGCAGCAACUGGAAUCCAUGAAAUACUACAAAGAUGGUACUUAUAUCAUGUGAUAAGAAAGCCUUUGCCAGAGGGGAUUUACACAGCUGCAGGAUUCCAUAUGUGUAUUUUUUGUCACAGGAACAUGCGCAUACAUGUACAGAAACAAAUGUACUAUAUAUAUGUUUUUUUUAAGCAUAAUAUCUUUAUUAAAGUUGGAUCAAGACACUUUUAUAAAGAAAGAUGGACUAGAAUAUUUGCUGUAUAUGUGGAAAUAAUGGAAAUCUUAAAUACUGUAAUUGGUGUUUAUUAAACAGAAAUCUUGCGACUUGUGGAUGAGCACAGAUAUAUUCCGUAUUUUAAGAGAAAGUAUGGAACAUCAUUAUUAUAAUCCCUGUGCCAUAGGAAAUGGAAAGAGUUUAGGUUGCAAUGGAAACAAUCAGCUAAAAUCUUUUUGUUCAU